AUGUCUGAAACACAAGAUACCGAGGCUCAAGGUAUUCCUCUUGUCCAGUGCGCAACGAACAACACGUCUGCCAACGCAAGUCCCACUACUGAAGCGCCUUCAACCGCUAACUCCGACCUACCCCCAUUGAUACUCAAUGGUGGACCAUCAAGCACAAAUCCGUCAGACCGUAAUGGGAGUGCUGCCAAACGAGGACCAAGCUUCGUGAAGCGUGAGCCUGCAGUACGAAGCAAUCAAUGGCCAACCGAGGUCGACAUAAUUGCCAUUCCGGCAAUAUAUGGAGAUCCAGAACAAACAUGGACACCGAGAGCCAAGUAUUUUCCAGAUGCUUUGGAAGCACCUCCAAAGCCCAAUCCGGUACAGAAAAGCUUCCUAGAAAUGAGCGACAUCUCGGCAGCUUAUCCGAAAAAUAUCAAAAGGGCUUCCACAUCUCGAUCUGGGCAUCACAAACCAGAACCCGCAUGGAUUUUGAACGGUAUACGUAGUCAGAAACAGCUUCAGAAGGCCAGAGUCUUACUAUAUGAUCAUGGCUCGCCUGACAGCGAGCAUACUUUGAAGGGCCUGGCAAUACAGCUACUGCGUACCAUUGAACAGUUACGCGCAACGGAGAAAGAUGAACGUCCUCUGUUUUUCGUUUGCCAUAGUACUGGUGGGCUUAUUGCCAAGUUAGCCUUGAUUGAAGCAAGAAGCUGCAAGAGUUCAGUGUUCGGACACUGUUAUGGCGUUUCUUUUUUUGCAACUCCACAUCGCGGCUCAAGCUAUUUGUCCAACCCUAAUUAUUCGGCUAGGAUUGCUGAAAUCAUGAAUCUCGGCGGUUUAAUGCCUAGGAAGAUUGCCAAAGCACUGUUGCUAGACAACCAAGUACUGAACCUAAUUGAUACAAGCUUUAAACUGCUUGCGACAGACAUGCAAAUAUGGAGCUUUUUUGAAACAGUUGAUACUGAUCUGACCGAUCCGCAAUCGGAAGAUAAGGAGGCCAAGUUUGCUUUCCACGCGCCUAUUACGUCCAUCAAAUCUGCACUCUUAAAUCUCCGACAUGAAGUGGUGUUCCCCUUAAUAAGUGAUCAUGCGCAUUGCGGAACUUUCGAAGACAACGAGCAGACCAAAAGAUCAUACUUGGCAGAGCUUGCUCACGCGGUGAGGAAAGCUAUUGAGCUAAGUAAAACUGCACAUACCACAUUACAGCUCGAAAAACACGUCCGAGUAGAGAUCAUCGGUUUUUACGAGAGUACUCCUUUCAUCUAUGGGACUGAAGUACCCAUCCGGCUAUGGUCCACUGGCAGGUCGCUGAGCGACUUCAAAAGGUAUGGUCCAGCUGCUUUGUUAGCAGAGCGGUUAGCCGAAAACGAAGCACCUCCUAUUGAAGCGCAACACUUGAGACGACAUACUCGAGCAGCAUCGCUACUUCCAGGGAAGCCAGUUGACAGUGAUAAAGCCAUUAAAUUCAACGUGGAUCCGUUUGGUGCGUCAGGACAAAAUUCAAGUCUGUUGAUACCUGGUGGAAGUGGUAAACGGGCACGUCGAAACAAGAGCAAGGAAAGACCGGCAGCUAAGCAGCGGGCGACAACUUCGGAUAUCCUACGGCUUCAACAAGAGAUCGACGAAGACAACGAGCCCAGGCCCGGUAGACCGGAAGACAAUGCACCAAUGCAAGGCAAAAGUAAAAAGCUGGAAAACAAAGGCCUUGGACUCACCACCGACUUCAAAGGGACACCGCUUAUUGUGGAGCCCGAAAGAGGAGGUAGCAUCUCAAUAAGUGGAAUGAACCAGCCUCGAAGGCACAGCGAAUCUCCUGUUGGACGACAUCUACUGACACCAGGAACACUCCCUCGGACAAGCUCACCUCGUGGUCGCAGGGGAAGUGAGAGAGCUGCCUUGGAUACUGACUCAGUACCAAUUUUCAAGCCAGAUAUCAAGAACCAGAAAUUGGUAUGGGUGCAUGUUCCAUAUAACAACCCAAGCUGGGCCAAUGACAUACUAGAAACAAUAUCUGUAGAAAAAGGACCAAGUCACCACGAGAAGUUGAUGAGUACUGAGUUUUGGAAAUCAAAACACGUUCGUGGUCGGCACGCUGAACACCACGCUUGUUUUGUAAAACCAGGCUGUUCAUUCAUCAGUCCUGAAACUAUGUCCCCUAGUCAAUCUCCACCCGCCAGCAGACGCAGUUCCCCUCACAAUAAGCCAACACAGAUGUGUUUGUUCCUCCCAUUUUUACAUUUUGACACUUAUAAAUCUUUGGUAAAGAGACGAGCUUUAAUAAAAUCACGUCUCAAGCAGGGCAGAGCUCGUCCUAUUCCAAAGAAGAUUGCCGCGUUAGACUCAUUAGAGCUUAAAAUACUCUGGCAAUUCCUUGGUCAUGAUCCUCCUGUCAAUUCUCGACGAACCCUAGACCAGUUUGGAUACCCUGGAUUGCUUGAUACACGUGCUAGAGACGACGAUCAAAUGCUGUACAAAAUGACGAAACAGAGGUGCAAUCAUCCUCAUGAUUCCAUGUAUACUUAUGCGACCGAGAAGGAGCAUGAGGAGAGUGAGCAUCAAGAAGGAACUGGAGACUCUCCUGCUGGCUCGGUGGCUGAGCCAGAUUCAGAUGACAGUGGCAGUGAAAGUGACGAUGAGCCGGAAAACGAUGUGCUUGAUGGUAAUGUGUUGAUGGUUGAUCAGGUAUGGCUGUGGGUUAUGGAUAAUGAGACAGCAGUGUCAUUCUUUUCAAAGAGAGAAGCUCUGUCGACCGACGGAAGACUGUACCAGCAGGCCGAUUUACGAAACAGCGUUUUCAACGAGGUUAAUGCGGAUCUCACUGCAAGAUGUGAGAAUUCUUGGGAUCUUGCUGCACUACUUGCGCUUCAUGCUGUCACUGUUUUGUUCGAACGCUCGUCACACCCAGAUCUGGAAAUAUUCCGUAUCUUUGAGGAAGCUAUUAGUAUUCUUACCGAGAAGAUGACUAAUUCAUUUAAACGCUUCCGUGCGCUCGGAUUUCGAGACAAAGCAAUAGACCACGAUGAUGCUGUUAGGACUACAAAUAUCAGAGCAAAACACAAGCUCGAAGGAGAACUUGCCGAGAAACAAAACCGAGAAAACACUUCUGCUCUGUUGGAGCUUCGUGAUAUCGAAGACGAAUUGAAAACAUUAGCGAAGCUCUUUGAGAUACAAGCGAAGGCGAUCCAAGAUAUGACCACUCAUUACAAGAGUAAUGAGCUCAAACACCUUACUCAUAACGGGUUGCCAUUUUUGGAACAAGCAGCGGAGAAGCUGCAAGAGUAUACUAGCCAAACGGAAAAAAUGAUCAAACACGUUCAAAGUACGAGAGAAGAUUUCGAUAAACUCCUUCAAAUGGUCCAACGACAAGCUCAAGUCGAUGAAGUUCGUCUGUCUCGCCUCCAAGCAGAUCUUGCGUCCGCCCAGUCACGCUCGGUAAUGAUCUUUACAACCUUCACAGUCAUUUUCCUGCCAUUAACAUUUUUCACCGGUCUUUUUGGUAUGAACACGCGCGAAUGGGGAGGUGGUACCUUCCUGCAUCUCCGCACUAUCGGCAUCAUCUCUAUUCCCGCCUCCUUCACCAUCAUCACCCUCGCCCUCAUAGUCGCAUGGUCAACACGGAUGCGCAAGCUCUUCAGCACAACACACAAAUUCUUCAACUCGCUCAUUCUGAACAGCAAAACUUGGGUCGUGGAAACGAUACGCAAUCUCAAUCUGAAAGCGAUCAAAGAUAUCGAUGCGAGGAAGAAGAGUAUGGAGGUUAAAAAGGAGAAGAGGAGGAGGAAGGAGGCGAAGCGCCAAGCGACGUUUUUGGAUGAGGAUUUCUGGGAGGGCCAUACGUUGGGGAGGGAGAAGGCUUAUCAGGUUCCGUUGCAGAAUCGGAGGAGUAUUAGGGAGGAGAGGGUUAGGAUGAUGAAGGGGAUGGGGAGUGGGGAGAGGGGGACGUUGAGAUAG